AUGUCUGGACGUGGUAAAGAAGUUAAGGGAAAAGCAAAGUCCCGAUCAAAUCGUGCUGGUUUACAAUUUCCUGUAGGUCGUAUUCAUCGUUUAUUGAGAAAAGGAAAUUAUGCCGAAAGAGUUGGUGCUGGAGCUCCUGUAUACUUGGCAGCUGUUAUGGAAUAUUUAGCUGCUGAAGUUUUGGAAUUGGCAGGAAAUGCAGCUAGAGAUAACAAGAACACCCGUAUAAUUCCUAGACAUUUACAAUUGGCCAUAAGAAAUGACGAGGAAUUGAACAAAUUACUGUCAGGAGUUACCAUCGCCCAAGGUGGAGUAUUGCCUAAUAUACAAGCAGUACUUUUGCCUAAGAAGACCGAAAAGAAAGCUUAAGAUAUUACUUCUUUUUAU